UUAUUGUUGUUACCUCCAGGGAUUCAGCCAUGCAGUUCUCUAUUCUGUUCUUUGUGCUGAUAUUGGCGUGCAUGUGCCCAAGCCUGGCUCAAGGUUCCUAUGAGAACUGCUGCCUGAAAUAUGUUACUGGUGUCAAAAAGUCGACCAAAAGAAGGGUUGAGAAGUAUAGGGUUCAGGAAACAGAUGGAGGAUGUAACAUUCCAGCUGUGGUAUUCACUCUAAAGAACAAAAAGUCUUUCUGUGCAAAUCCUGAACAAACUUGGGUGAAACAACUGAUCACUGAAGUUAAAGACAGGAAAAAUAAAAAGAUGAAAAACACGCAGAGCAAGAUGUAACUGAGACCCCAUAGCGGAGCUUGAUUUGGCAGUCUACUGAAGGCCGAAUCUUUCUAGACGAUCGGUACUAGAGUGUUAUCACCCAGGGAUUUGUCAAGAUAAAAUUCAAUCCCAAAAUCUGCAUUACUGUGAAAUUCUGCUUAUGUUGAUAUAUGGCUUGUCACAAUCAGUUCAGUUUAUCUGUUAGUGUAACCACAUGCCCGAAGGUGUCACUGAUUCAUGGUAGGUUAAGUUUUCAGUGAAUGUGUCAAAUAAAAAUAAUAAAAAAAAAUACAUUUAAUCCUGAUGUAGCCUACUUUUAACACUGUUAUCAAACUGUGAAUAUUUGAAUGUUUUGAAUGUGAUCUUUCUGUCUAACUGAAUAAUUUUGAUAAGAAAAAAGAACACAACAGUGGCCAUAUUUUUGUAUUGUUUUGUAUCUUUUCAAUAAAAGAACAGAAAUCUA